AUGAAGUGGUCAGAGCAGAAGAUCGAAUUCUUAGAGGCAGACCACCCCAAGAAUGCUGUCACCUCAGGGCGAUAUCCGAUCGUGGUUGAGCCCACUAUUCGGAAUAUCAAAGUUGCACGGGUUCUCAUCGACGGCGGUAGCUCCAUCAACCUACUCUUCGCUAGCACCUUGGACGCAAUGGGGAUCCCACGAAGCGAGUUGACGCCCACUGACCAACCCUUCCAUGGAAUUACCUCUCAGUCGUCAUCCAAGCCAUUGGGCAAGAUCACGCUUCCAUACAAUGCCAUCAGCGGGAGAACUGCACUCGUGAAGUUCAUGGCCACAUCUCACUACGCCUAUCAAGUGUUCAAGAUGCCUGGGCCGAAGGGAACAAUCACUAUUCAAGGGAACGCGAAGCUGGCGGUACAGUGCGACAAGCGGAGCCUCGACAUGGUCGAGCACACCCCCAACCCACCCGCCACAGCUGAGCCACUCAAGAAAGUUAGCAAAACAAACAAGACGCCGAAGCCAGAUGGCGCAAUCAAGAUCGUUCCGCUCUCCAGUGCCAACCCCGGCAAUACCGUCAAGAUCAGGGCAUCACUGGACGUGAAAUAG